AUGGUUAACGCAUAUUCAUUUGAUGGUAUAAUUGUAUUCGUUUUAUUAACAAUUUGUACAUGUGGUUAUAUGCGUCGUGUACCAAAAUUUCGCGAAUGGUUUUUUUCAGAAAAGAAAGGAUUUGCUGGAAUCUUUUAUAAAGCGUCGAUUAUUGGUACUCGUCUGUCACUUUUUGUUGCAAUCUCAUGUGCUAUUAUGGCUUUUUGGCUCGCAUUUUUACGAUAA